AUGGCCGGCCACAACCCACUGAUCCUCAUGUUCAUUGUUAUCCUCAGUCUGGAGACCAUUUACGGACUUUCGUCAAAUUUCUUCAUCAUUUUUUUUAUUUUCUUUUUUCAUGCCAAAGGACUGGACAAAAGUGUCAGUAACAAAAUCAUCUUGGCUUUGAGCAUCUCCAACAUUUUAUAUACCUGUGUGUCAUAUAUAAACAUUUUAUUGUUCUAUAUUAAUCCUAUAGUUUUUCUGGAGACCUCCAUCACCCCCGCUGUCUACGUCUUCGCCAUGUUCAUCAUCACCUCCUCAUCCUGGCUCACCGCCUGCUUGUGUGUCUUCUACUUCUUGAAGAUCAACACUUUUAGGUCCGGCUUUCUCUCCCAGCUAAAGAUGAAGGUCAGCUCUGCUAUCCCUUGGAUGAUAUUGAUGUCGGAGCUUGUAUCUGUUCUUACCGCCACCCUGAACAUACUGGAGUUUAUUCAGAAAGAUGAUCCCCCCAAGAACAUCUCCUUGGUCCAGCUGGCCAUGAUGAAGGUGUCAUCCAAUGGGGUAUUUUCCAGUAAUCUCUACAUCUCUUUUGUCAGCAGCUGCCUUCCAUUUUUGAUCAGUGUGGGGACCACGGGGGUCACAGUUUGGUCCCUGAAUAAACACAGCAAAAAGAUGGAGAAAAAACACACACAAUCUUCUGCUGGGGUCAACAUGAAAGCUUAUAAAAAUACAAUCAGAAACAUGAUUCGUCUUCUCAUCUUCUACGGAAUAUUUUAUGUAACCUUGUUUCUUUUUUACUUUAACCUGUUUUCUGCAAAUUCUACUGGGUUUUGGUUAUUUCUGCUGGUGACAUUUUUAUAUGCCCCAGUACAGUCAACUAUUCUGAUUUUUGCUAACGCCAAACUGAAGAAGGCUUGGAUGAAGAUCUUUCACUGCAACGUGACGUCCACUCAAGAAGAAGAAAGCAACAUGGAAUAAUGUCCCCAUUGUACGGACUCAUCAAUAUGGGACUGAUUGAUCCCUCACCUAAACCUGACUGCUAUAGUCAUGGUCCCAGACCCAUCACCCAAAAUCCUAAUCACCCAAUUCUCAUCAUCCAAUCCCCUUCACCCAAUCCCCACCGACCAAUCCACACCGACCAAUCCCCUUUACCCUACUUUCUCUUUUUUUAUGAGCUUUGUAUAUGUUUUACUUCAUUACUAUUAAUGUAAACCAUGUGUAAUAUAAGUUCUUAAUACAUACUACACUUUAUUG